UUGUGAAUCACGGUUCACCCGGAAGUCGAAGAAGAUCCAUAGGUUUGCUGUGCAGUACCGAGCCUGUGUGAAACAGUGCAUUAAAGGAAGCACCAUGUCGGAUAAAAAGAGACGAAGAGAAGAGCGAGAGGACAGACAUGACAAAAAGAGGCUGAAAGACUGUAAAAAGGAGAAGGAGAAAGAGAAGUACCAGUACCGCAGCCACACAGUGAAACUCAGCCAGGAGGUCCAGAAAAUCAAACACGUGGAGACAUUCUAUGAGAAACCUCCCCCGGGACUUAUAAAGGAAGAUGACGAGAAACCCGAGGACUGUAUACCUGAUGACCCCGGGAAUGAGGACGCCAGGGAUUUCCUGGCUCACGCACCCACUAAAGGCCUGUGGAUGCCUCUGGGCAAGGAGGUGAAAGUCAUGCAAUGUUGGAGAUGCAAGCGUUACGGCCACAGGACCGGGGACAAAGAAUGUCCUUUCUUCAUCAAAGGAAAUCAGAAACUGGAGCAGUUCAGAGUGGCACACGAAGACCCGAUGUAUGACAUCAUUAGGGAAAACAAGCGCAACGAAAAGGAGACAAGGAUCGAGCAGCUGAGGCAACUCCUACAAGAUACAACAUCUGACUCAGACUCCAGCUCUUCCUCCUCCUCUUCCUCUCGCCACACCCACAAAAAGAAGAAGAAGAAGGAGAAGAAGAAGAAGAAAAAGAAAAAGAAGGCGACACACAAGAAAACUAAGAAGCACAAACAGUCAAACAGUAGUGAUAGCUCAGACUGACAGGAGGCUGCUGCGAGAUGACCGGGGUGGCUGUAGAGACCUUUUGCUAAACCGUUGAGCUCUGCUAAUUUCCGACCCCUACCCCCUCUACCCCCCCUACCCCCCCCACCACUGCUCUUCCUCCCACCCUGCUGGCUCCGCUUAAUAAUGCAUGCAUGCAUUUCAAUUCCCCUGUCAUCAGAAACAGUUCGCUCCUUUGACGUCUCUGUCGGCUCUGUCGGCUCUGUCUCGUAUCAGACCGCUGUCACGUUUAUGCCGCAGGCCCGCGGACACUCCGAGCCUGAAGAUGAUGUAAUGUCAGAGCUGCAUGGGUGUGGUGUAAAAAGAUAUCGCUCCCUGUUGUAAUCUAUUUAUCGCUUUUUUUCCUCUGUGACCGAGUUGGGAUUUUGUUUGGAAUCGAAUCCUCAUGGAUCCUGGAAGUGUUUAAUGACCAAAACCUUGCAGUAGUAAUAAUAAAAAACUUCACUGUAAUGUUAUGAAUUGUAUAUCUGUGAAUACACGGUUAUCAAAUGCA